CGCGCGGCCCUGUUGGCGCCACCUGCAGCCCUGGAGGGCGCGCGUCAUGGCGGCGCUCCGCUCGCUCCCCGGGACCCCGGACCUGCCCACGCUGCACGCCCGGUUACAGGACUUGCUGCGCUUCCUACGGGGCGCCUUGGCCAUUUCCAGCGCGCACACGGUGGAUUUCUACACCGAGUCGGUGUGGCGGGAGCUGGUGGACUUGCCCCCGGAGAGCGUGCUGGCGGCGCUGACGGGGCCGGCGGCCGAGGCCGAGCCGGAGCCGCGGGAGGAGGAGGCGGGACCAGGUUUUGUUGAUCUCCCCAGAGUAUUUUGUGAAACGUCUCAGAAGCUGUUGAGCGUGGAAGCCUUUGCUCGGGCCGUCAAACACUACUCUGUGCAAAGCUUGGGGCUGUGCACUCCUUUCGAGCAGCUGCUUACAGCCCUUCGAGUAAAUAAAGAACAGAGAACUGGUGAAAAUGUGAAGGCAAUUCAGUUUAUGAACACAAAAAAAUCUCAUGAGGUUCAGGCAAUGGCAGAGCUAAUCUGCAAUAUUGCUGAUUACUGUGGUUUAAAGCAGAUAAUUGAUGUGGGCUCUGGUAAAGGCUACCUGAGCUCCUUUUUGUCCUUAAAGUAUGGUUUAAAUGUCUAUGGCAUUGAUUCCUCAAAUACUAAUACUCACGGCGCUAAGGAGAGAAACAGGAAGUUGAAGAAACAUUGGAGCCUGUAUCAUCGUCAGGCGAGAGAGGGUGCCAAUGGACUGGCACUGAAAACGGAGAAAGGAAUGGAAGCGGAAAAGGAAGCAAAGCGUAAGGAAAGCUGUGAGAGGGCACUGAAGAACAGCCUUGGGAAUCAAGACACGUCUGCUGCUGCUGAGCUAGAGUGCUCAGAGCCGGCAGUUUCAGUUCUCAGAAAACAGCAAGGAAAUCUUCAUGCGCAGCCACUUGAAGAAGGGAAUUUGUGUUUUGAAAAUGCCUUUUCUCUCAUGGACUUUCUGCCUAUUGACGCCGUUGAACCUACUUCAUCACAGGUGCACAAUGCAGAAAUGUCUGAAGUGAGGAAACAGCAAAGAAAUACGACAUCUAAACCAAGCGACCCAAGUAUUUAUUCACCACUGACCUCUUUUAUCACUGCUGAUUCAGAGUUACAUGACAUUAUUAAAGAUCUGGAGGACUGUCUAAUGGUGGGUCUGCAUACUUGUGGUGACCUUGCACCAAACACUCUGCGGAUAUUUGCAUCCAAGUCUGAAGUCAAAGGAGUUUGCAGUGUGGGCUGUUGCUACCAUCUUUUAUCUGAAGAAUUUGAAAACCAGGAUAAAGAAUAUGCUCAAGAAAACUGGGGAUUUCCAAUGUGCCGCUAUCUGAAAGAGGAGAGAUGGUGUUGUGGCCGUAAUUCAAGAAUGUCAGCAUGCUUGGCACUGGAACGGGUUGCAGUUGGCCAAGGGCUGCCUACUGAAUCACUCUUCUAUCGUGCUGUUCUUCAGAAUAUUAUUAAAGACUAUUAUGGCAUCACCAAAUGUGAUCGGCACGUUGGCAAGAUUUAUUCCAAAUGCUCUUCCUUUCUGGAUUAUGUCAGAAUGUCUCUAAAGAAGCUUGGGUUGGACGAAUCCAAGUCACAGGAAAUUACAGUAAACAUGAAAGAAGACCAAAAAUCUCCAGACACCUCCUUCAGAAGAAACCAAGGCCGCAGAUGCCUGAUUCACAGUGGGCUCACACAACGUGAAGGUUUCUCCAUAAGCCUGUGGUCAGUUGUGAAAAUCAGCGUGGACUUUGCUUAGUGAGCCGUUUUCAAACUCAGCAUCAUUGCCAUUCCUACCAUAAUUUGUAGUUGUCUAUGCAUUUUCAGCAGCAUUGCUGGACUCUGUCCACUAGAUGUCAGCAGCAGCACAAUGAUUAAAACUGGCAAUUGCCAAAAUUGACCCCUAUUAAGAACCACUGAUUUUGAGCGUCUUUUUUCCUUUAUGUUUUCAUCAGUGGUCACCUAACAGUCCCAUUAUGUAUCUAUGUUUUAAGCUGCCAUUUCUAUCAAUGAAUAUGGGAAAGGAAAGGACACUAUGCAAUGGUUGUUUUUAUGUUUGAAGACUUUCUUGUUCACAGUGAUCCAUCCCUUCUUUGAUCUUUCAUUUUAAUUAGUAGUUAUUACCUUGAAGUAAUGUUCAUUGGCCCCAUUCAUAGAGUAUAGAUUAUUUUAAAAACAUAUUUACCUCUCUCCAGGAGAGUUAAGCCUGCAUAUGUACCUCUGAAAACAAUGAAUUGUGGUGCACAGUCAAGUACCUUGUGGCAAAUAACAGGAUUUUCUUCUUUUUGGAGGCUGAAUAGUAUCCCCCCUCUUUUUGUGUGUGUGUGUAUACAUAUAUAUUCAUACAUAUACAUAUAUAUUUAUAUACUUGUCACACAUCCACAGACACCACGGGUUUUUUAACCAUUCGUCUGUCAGUGGAACAAUAGGUGGUUAACUUAUCUUGACUCUUCAGUAUAUAAUACUGCAGUGAACAUGGAAGUGUAGUGAUUUCAUUUUAUUUGGUUAUUUGCCCAGACGGAAUGUGGAAUCUCAAAUAUUAAUAAUUUAAUUCCAAAUGGGGAUAGGGAGGAUGAACAGCCACUCAUAAUUUACCUUUUUUUUUCUCCAGUUUUUUACAGACAGGGUUUCCUGUAGUUUUGGAUCCUAUCCUGGAACUAGCUCUUGUAGACCAGGCUGGCCUCAAACUCACAGAGAUCCACCUACCUCACCUCCUGAGGGCUGGGAUUAAAGGCGUGCACCAUCACCACCCAGCUAAUAUACCUUAUUUUUUAAAAAAAAAUCAAAAUAUCUAUUUUACUUCCUUUAAAAUUCAAGUUCCCAAAGAUUAGUUGAUUACAUAACUUCAUGAUUUCUAAAAGUAAUAUGUAUCUAAGUUCCAUUCUCUCUGUUUCUUCAUGGAAGCAUAGUGCUAAUAAUCUUUUGAGGAAUACUGUGGUGAGUUUCUCAAUCACCUGAAGAAUACUAUGGCCAUUGAGCCUCUUUGCCAGUACUUUAUCUCACCAUGGUUGGUUGGCAGGAUUUUAGAAAUCAGCCUUAACCUCCAGAACGACCUUGUUUAAUGCUUUUAGAUUUUUUCUUUCUUCUGAUAAUUUAUACAAAGAAUGCUUUUUAAAAUAUUAUUAGAAUAUAUUUGUUGAACAAGCUGGUUUUACUAACAGCAUUUUUUAUUCAUUAUGGUUUUCACUCCUUGUCACUACCUUCUCUGUAUGUCCUACUGUUUAGACUCCUUUCUCUUCUCAGAUAGCUCCCGUUAAUUUUCAUGUCUCAUCUGUGUUGUGUGUGUACAUGUGUGGUACCCGUUCUUCUGUGUCUAUAUGUAUGUCUCUUAACUAAGUUUAGCAUCUGAGAAAAUUAUGUGCUAUUUGUCUUUAUGAAUAGUCUGUCUUAUUUCAUUUAUGGUGACCAGUUCUGUUCAUUUUCCCAAGAAUGGCAUAAUUCAUUCUACUUUAUAUCUGAAUAAAACUCCAUUGUAUAUGUAUGCUGCAUUUUUUAUGUAUUUAUGUAUUGAUGAACACUUAAGUUUGUUCUAUAACUUGGUUAUUGUGAAUUGUGCUCCAGUCGUCCCAGUAGAACAUGUUUCUCUUUAGUAUAAUUGCUUCCCAGGGGUGGUAUAGCUGGAUCAUAUGGUAGUUCUGUUUUUAGUUUCUGACACUGUUUUUAGAACUGUACCAUUUUCAGACACUGUUUGCCAUCUAUACCCUUUAUUACUUGAAGUAUAUUCCUCCUGCUGCUAACUUCUUUAGUCUGUGUGAUAUGUUACACCUAUUGAUUGGUAUAUGUUGAAUCAUGCUUGCUUCCUGCAAAUGAGACAAACUUGAUUAUAGUCUAUAAGUUUUAUAAUGUAUUGUUGAAUUAAGUUUACAAGUAUUUUAUUAAGAGUUUUUAUGUCUAUGUGGGUUUUUUCAUUUUCAUUAAAUUCUAAGAUUUCAAUUUCCUCCCUGAUUUCUUCAGUGAACCCCACCCUUGUCAUUUAGGAGUAUAUUGUAUUUCCAUGUGUUUGUAAAAUUUCUAGAGUUUGUCUUAUUAUGUACUUCCAUUUUUUACUCAAUAUUAUCUGAUAACAUAUGCAAAUUAAUUUGAUUCUUUUGUAUUUUCCUGACUUGACAUAAGGCCAUGAUUGUAGUUUGUUUUAGAGAAAGUUCCAUGGACUUCUAAGUGGAUGGUAUAUUCUGUAGUUCUUGGUAACAAGAUCUCUUAGAUGCCUGCAGUGUUCAUUUGAUCUAUGACAUUUUAAGUCUGAAUUUUCUCUGUUGAACUCCCAUGUAAAUGAUUUUCUGUUGCUGAGACUGAGGUAUUGAGGCCACCUAUUAAUGUUGUAUAUAAGCCUUGCUGUUGUUUAUGCCCCAUAAUUGUUUUCAUCAAAGUAAGUUCUCCAACAACUGGUAAACAUGUAUUUAAUUUUUAUUUCUUGAUGAACUGCACUCUUUAGAAAAAUUUAGUGACCUUCUUAUUGUCUUUAGACUGUGUUUGGCUUUUGUUUUCUUUGUGAGAUAUCAUACCUCUUUCCUACUAUCUUUCUCUAGGUACACACUACUGUAUCUUUUGGUUUCCUGUGUGAAUUGUGAAUGUGUCUUUACCAUAAGUUGUGUCAUUUAAAACAAAUAACUGGAUCUUCUGGUUUGAUCCAGUCAGCUAGUCUACAUUCUUUAAUUGGAGUAUUGAGACCAUUAACAUCUAUCAACGUUAAUAUUAAGAUAUUUGCUGACUCCUGUUAUUACAUUUCUAGUUGGUUCUGAUACUGCUUUGGUGUUUUCUUUUGCUUUCUUUCUCCCUUCUUUAUCUUAGAGGUGUAUUGAUUACUAAAUUGGAAAUGUUUAAUUCUAUUCUAGCUCUCAUUAAAUAAAAUGAUUUGUGUUUGUGUGUGUGCGUGUGUGCGUGCGUGUGUGUGUGUGUGUGUGUG